CCUUCUUCUUCUUCUCUUCUUCUCUUCUCGCGCACUCGCAUCUUUUCGAUUCACCAUCAAUUGUGUGCGCCCGUAACGAUUGCGCGUCGACACCCCUAUUUCUUCACCCUUUAUUCUUCGAAUCCCGCCACUACGGAUUUUACAGCUACUCCUGCCGCUGUCUAGGUACCAGGUAGUAGCGCUGCUUCUUCUUCCGCUCCCUUGAGCCCAAAUUUAAUUUCGUCACCGCCAACUGCGCGCCAUCCUUUUCAUCCCGACCCGAUUUUUCAUCAUCGACUCUUCAUUCUCUUUUUUUUCAAAUUCAGAAAAAUGUCCGACUACGCAUCCCUCAAGGUGCCGGAGCUGAAGAAGCUCCUGGCUGAGAAGAAGCUGUCGCAGACCGGCAACAAGGCCGAUCUGAUUGCGCGCCUGCAAGAGGCCGACAAGAAGGACACCACCGCGUCGACAGAGGACAGCAAGCCUGCCGAGAACAAAGAGGACGAAAUCAACUACAGCGACGACGAAGCCGCUGCCGCGCCCGCCGCCUCAAAACCUGAAAAGGCACCGGCAGCAGAGAAGCCCGUAGAGAAGCCCGCCGAAGCGCCCGCCGUCGCUGAAGCCGCCGAAGAAGAACAGGAAGACGCAGCGAAGCCCGCCGAAGAAGAAAAGGCCGCUGCCGAAGAAGAGGCCAAGGAGCCCGCCCCGUCCUUCGCCAUUGGCCUCUCGUCCUCCACCGCCGACGAGGAGCUCAAGAAGCGCGUCGAGCGAGCCAAGCGCUUCGGCACCGAGCUCGAUGACGAGACCCAGAGACUGGCCGAGCGAGCCAAGCGCUUUGGCAUCAAUGAUAAGGAAUUGGCCAGCGGAUUGGACGCAGCUCUGCCCGAGAGGUCGCUGAAGCGUGGCCGCGGCCGCAACGAGGGCGAUGGCAACAGGCCCGGCAAGAAGCGCAGCCAGGAUCGCAAGGGACCUUCUGGCAACGAGAGGCGCAGCGGCCGCAACAACAACAAGAAUCAGGGUGGCAAUGCCUCGGGCAAGCCCAAGUUUGGCAGCAUCGUAGAAGAUCCUUCUGAGCGAGCCAAGGCCGAGAAGCGAGCUGCCAGAUUUGCUGCAGCGUAAGCUGCUCAGCUCAUAGGCAGCUGGUUACUCAAGAUGGAAGAUGAUGACUGGCAAAGAUGUGAAUUUAGCUGGACUGAAGCUCAAGAAAGGCAAAGGAGUAACUGAAAAAAAAAUGUUCAAGAUCUAGGUUUAUAAUGAGAGCGUCUGGAAGGGAACGGAAGGUGGGAUGGGAUGAAAUGGCAUGUGUAUCAUACGAAAGCGCUUUUUCUAAUAAGAGGCAAAAAACGGCGUUUUUUUUUUUUGGUUUUGAAACGAUUUACUGCAUUUUACCCUGAUGAUGCUGCUGCUGUUGGAAGCAAAUGCCUGUCCAUACCAGCUGUUGGCCGGCAUAUGCGAUUCUGGGACUGUGUUCAAAGAGAACCUCGUAAAAGGAAAUGAUGUUGGCCUAGACGCCAAUAUGCACAAAGUAACAACCUACGGUAGAACCAAUGCCAAAGAGGUUAAUGGCCUUUAGGGUCUGAGCAAAGCUCAUCUGCCAGCUUCUCAUAUAAAUGGACCGCUCUAAAUAUCCAUCAAUCAGGUAAUUACCCUUUCAUUAGC